CAGGACCAGUCUGGCUGCACCUGCAUCCUUAGCUCAGAGCAUCCCUGGAGCAUCUUAAGAGGCGACCGCAGCUGGCAACCAGGGACCAGACCGUCGCAGGAGACAUCCGCCAGAUACCUUCCCCCUCCCCUGACCUAGCGCUGUACAGCGGCAGCUUCGGUUCUGGUUCGGGGUCCCCAGAAUUGUCUGGCCAUUGAAAAAGCAUUUAUAGCAAUAGCCUCUGAUUACGACAUGGACGAGUUCAUCAAUAUCCGACCUGCCGUUGAUGUAUCGCCAGUGGUGGCAGGCCUUAUUGGGGCUUCUCUACUGGUGGUGUCCAUCUCGGUGACCGUCUUUGUCUGGACAUGCUGCCACCAGCAAGCAGAGAAGAAGCACAAGACCCCACCAUACAAGUUUAUUCAUAUGCUCAAAGGCAUCAGUAUAUACCCAGAGACCCUCAGCAACAAGAAGAAAAUCAUCAAAGUGCGAAGAGACAAAGAUGGCCCUGGGAGGGAAGGUGGACAUGGGAACCUGUUGGUGGACGCAGCAGAGGCUGGCCUGCUGGGCCGAGACAAGAGUCCCAGGGCACCUAGCUCUGGGUCUUGUAUAGACCAGUUACCCAUCAAAGUGAACUAUGGGGAAGAGCUGAGAAGCCCCAUUGCAAGCCUAACCCCUGGGGAGAGCAAAACUACUUCUCCAUCAUCUCCAGAGGAGGACGUCAUGCUGGGAUCCCUCACCUUCUCAGUGGACUAUAACUUCCCCAAAAAAGCCCUGGUGGUGACAAUCCAGGAGGCCCAUGGGCUGCCCGUGAUGGAUGACCAGACCCAGGGCUCUGACCCCUACAUCAAAAUGACCAUCCUUCCCGACAAGCGGCACCGGGUGAAGACCAGGGUGCUGCGGAAGACCCUAGACCCUGUGUUUGACGAGACCUUCACCUUCUACGGCAUCCCCUACAGCCAGCUCCAGGACCUGGUGCUGCACUUUCUCGUUCUCAGCUUUGACCGCUUCUCUCGGGACGACGUGAUUGGGGAGGUCAUGGUGCCACUGGCUGGGGUGGACCCCAGCACAGGCAAGGUACAGCUGACUAGGGACAUCAUCAAAAGGAACAUCCAGAAGUGCAUUAGCAGAGGGGAGCUCCAGGUAUCUCUGUCAUAUCAGCCUGUGGCACAGAGAAUGACAGUGGUGGUCCUCAAAGCCAGACACUUGCCGAAGAUGGAUAUCACCGGUCUCUCAGGUAAUCCUUACGUCAAGGUGAACGUCUACUACGGCAGAAAGCGCAUCGCCAAGAAGAAAACCCACGUGAAGAAGUGCACUUUGAACCCAGUCUUCAACGAGUCUUUCAUCUACGACAUCCCCACUGACCUCCUGCCCGAUAUCAGCAUCGAGUUCCUCGUCAUCGACUUUGAUCGCACCACCAAGAACGAGGUGGUGGGGAGGCUGAUCCUGGGGGCGCACAGUGUCACAGCCAGUGGUGCCGAACACUGGCGAGAGGUGUGCGAGAGCCCCCGCAAGCCUGUGGCCAAGUGGCACAGUCUGAGCGAGUACUAAUCCCACGCUGCUCACCUCUCACCCCAGGGCUGGGCUGGGCAGGGACGUGGUGGGGAGAGAGGUGACAGAGAGAAGCGGACUCAAAAACCUCAUUUUAGUUGUAGAAGAAAAUUUCUUACAAAAUCAACCCCACAAAGAACACCCCACAUGACCACAGCUGCAGAUCAGUUCUUAGGGAUGAUGAUUUUCCUCCUUUGCAAGGCACUUAGAAAUUCUCUCUCUUUUUUUUUUUUUUAAAUGGGGAAAAAGAGAGAGGGAAAGACCUCUACAAGUUUAUAUAUAACAAUGUAACCUUAUACUUGCAUGUCUAAUACAAACUGAAGAAAUUAGCCUAGCUGCCAAUAUCAAGUUACAGAUUUUAAUUCAUGAAAAUUGUGUUUUGUGCCGAACUGUAUUUGCUGACUACCUGAAAUUGGCCUCUUUUUAUUGGGCUUCUCUGGACAGUUACUCUCCCCACCUCUGCAAAGAAUAUUUUGCUCUUGCAAAAUCUAUUUCCAUUAUUCCCCUCUAUUCUUCCUAUUACCUCUUACAUCUCUGCUCUUUUACUGAGCUCAAGGUCCAGAGGUCUGCAGUAAGCCAAGAAACAAAGGUGGAGUGGAUUAAGCUAGGUUUGCAGGAGGAAGACUCCUUGAGAAGUGGAGUGUUCUUGCUGUCAGUGCGCCUGCUCUGAAGGGGCAGGCGGCGGCCUACGGUUAGAUUGUGAUGAAGCACAUGGACACAUCCGACUCAUGAGGCAGAAUUGGCUUUACAAAACAAGGUGGCGUUUCUAAAAACAGCUUUGGAGACUUCAAAUUCAGCUGUAGGAUGGUACCAGUGAACACGUCCUGCUGAUCCCAAACACUGUUCUUAGGCAUGAGGACAGGGAGAGGAGAGAGAGAUGACUGUGACCCCCCUUUGCAGCUCUAUAUGGAAGCGACAGCCAUUUCUUGCUUGAAGGGUUAGAAAUCAUCAGAGGUUUGAAGGAUUAAACUGGCCUUUGUUUUUCCAGAAAUGCUGGCCCUUGAGAAGCUGUAGAGUCUUCUCAAGUAGCUUAGAUGUGGUUAGUUUUAUUUCAUAAGGCAAAGGGCCUCCUUAAAUUUUUCAGUGAUGACUCUUAAAAAUAACAGUGUGACUGAGUCAUAAAGGUAACUUGGAUUCCUUGGGGUAUCUUUUCCCUCAAAACAAAGUGCUUGAUUCUUGGAACUUAUGAGUCUCACAAGGUGGAGGGGUGAGGGGAACCACAGAAUUCAGUCCUCCUUGUGCCAGAGGGCAACAGGUUGAAAGACAUUCAGCAUCCUGCUGGGAUUAGAAUUCAAGUCUCCUUACUCCUAGUCCAGCCACGUUUCUAAUGUUGAGACUUCUCAGGUGGCAGAGGCUUCUCUGACAAUAAGUAUGCUUGGAUAGGCAGUAGGUAUUUUUGCCAGCCUGAAGAGGGACUCUAAUAAGCAGCAGCUUGAAGCAAGGCCUGAGGGAUCAGCUAAAAUUGAAGGUCUACCUCCAUGCAGGAGCAUCACUUUCUAACUUGCUUCUGAGAAGGG